AUGAUAUAUUUAUCUUCCCAUGAAGAUAUUGCCUAUUUCAUGACUCCAACGACCCCUUCUCUUCAAGGGGAGAGGGGAAGUGAAGAGAACUUGUGUCUGCGUGAAUUAGCUAAAGUUGAUAUGGAAGAAUUGUUGUCAUUGUCACUGUUGCUACUAUUGAUAUUGUCUUUGCUUGCUUCGCUUUCCAUUGCUGUGGUCAUUAAUGUUGAUGUGGCCGUGCCCCUUGCCUUUGCCUUUGUCGUGCCUUACCCUAUUUUUAGGGUUUGGUUUUGCCUUACCUUGUGUCGUGAUCACAGGGUUCCUGUGUUCUGCCAUGUUCACAGGGUUUCUGUGUACUUUGCUGUGUUCACAAGAGUUUUUUUUGUUCUUUGCAUUGCCUUUGCCAUGUCUACAGGGUUUCUGUAUUCUGCCGUGUUCUUAGGCCCCGUUUGGUUCAUGGGAAAUGAGACUUGGGGAUGGAAAAUUAAUUGUUUUCCCAUGUUCGAUAAGUUCAGGCAUGGGAAAUCGUUGCCUGGCCCAUGGGAAAGUAGGGUGGAAAGUGAAGCAAUCCUCCCAACUUGGGUUUUGUUUUCCCUCAUCAUGGGAAAAGUAUGGUGUUCUAUGACUCGCUUGUCAAGUUGGGUAAUAAAUCAUGGCAUGACACCUGAAUUCCUAGACAAGGUCCGCGAAAUGACAAAAGAAUUUUUUGCACUUCCAACGGAAGAGAAGCAGAAAUACUUGAGACAAGUCAACGAUAUUCAAGGAUAUGGGAACGACACGGUUUUUUCUGAACAACAAACACUUGAUUGGUCUGACCGGCUAUACCUUUCUGUAUAUCCAGAAGAGCACCGAAAGCUCAAAUUUUGGCCUCAAAAUCCCAAAUAUUUUAGUGAAAUUUUAGACCAAUAUACGAUGAAGUUACAAGUGGUAACAAAAACUGUCCUGGAGGCCAUGGCAAGGUCAUUGAAUUUGGAUGUUAAUUGCUUUCGGGACCUGUAUGGAGAACAAGGGAAAAUGGAUGUGAGGUUUAACUUUUAUCCUCCUUGUUCAAGGCCUGAUGUUGUCCUAGGUGUCAAACCACAUGCAGAUGCAACAUUAAUCACCCACGUCUUGCAAGACAAACAAGUGGAAGGUCUUCAGUUUCUUAAAGACGAUCAGUGGUUUAGAUCUCCCAUUGUUCCUGAGGCGCUUCUCAUUAAUGUUGGUGAUCAGGCAGAGAUAUUGAGCAAUGGAAAAUUCAAGAGCCCUAUACACAGGGUAGUGAUAAAUCCAGACAAAGAGAGGAUAUCUUUGGCUGCCUUCUGCAUCCCUGAAUCAGAUAAAGAGAUUGAACCCUUUGAAAGCCUGGUCAAGGAGUCAAUGCCGAGAUUAUACAAAAAGGUGAAAGAUUAUUCUGGUAUCUUUUUCGAAUACCACUACCAGCAAGGGAGGAGACCAAUAGAAGCAGCAAAAAUUUAA